AUGGGUCUUAGAGAUGUUGGUGCUUCACUUCCACCUGGGUUUAGGUUUUAUCCAAGUGAUGAAGAAUUAGUCCUUCAUUACCUUUUGAAAAAAAUCACAAAUGAGAAUGUUAUCAAAGGCACCUUAGAGGAAGUCGACUUACACACAUGCGAACCAUGGCAACUUCCCGAAGUGGCUAAGCUCAACGCAACUGAAUGGUACUUCUUCAGCUUUCGUGACCGUAAAUAUUCCACAGGCUUUAGGACCAAUAGGGCUACGACAUGUGGAUAUUGGAAAGCGACAGGAAAAGAUCGAACGGUGUAUGAUCCAAUCACUCGUGAGGUUGUAGGGAUGAGGAAAACUUUGGUGUUCUAUAGGAAUAGAGCUCCUAAUGGAAUCAAAACAGGUUGGAUCAUGCAUGAGUUUCGGUUGGAAACCCCACAUAUGCCACCUAAGGAAGACUGGGUAUUGUGUAGAGUCUUUCACAAAGGAAAAACAGAAAACAAUGGCAAGAUAAGUCCACAAGACAUGUAUGAAACCAUAGCUCCAUCCUUAACCAACCAAACCAUGCCAAUUGGUUAUAACUAUAACCAAUUUGCUCCAUUCUCAUCAUCAAUGACAACUCAUCAUUACAAUCAAAAUGAUUCAUUGUUGAAUCUCCUUCAAUUAUCAAAGGAAACAAACACAAAUUGUAGUAGUGUUACUCAAAUUAGUCCUAAAUGUGAUGAUGGAUAUGGAUUCUUGUGGGACAUGGAUUUGGAAGAUCAUCAUGAUGGUGUGGAGUCAUCAAACUUGGAAGGAAUUAGAUUCGAGGUUGAUAAUAAUAAUAGUAGUAUGGUCUUGAUAUAA